AUGUCAACCGUUCUUCUGCUUUCAGCUCUCUGCAGCAGAUGCAUCGCCAAGCUGGGCAACACGCUUAGAAUAAAGAAUGGAUCGCCUCGUGGUCCGCCGGUGGCGCCGGAGAGCGUGCAAGAGAUUCUGGAGGCCCUGUUCGUCGUUGAUCCGCAAAAAGAUCUCCUCAAAGCUCAGAGUCGCGCUCGGAAGGGACGCGCCCAUGGGACUUGCGAAUGGAUUCUGGAAAGGCCGGAGUAUGUUGCAUGGCGGGACCAGGCAAACCCGCAGCUUCUCAUGGUUGUUGGAGAGCCUGGCAUCGGGAAAACAGCCAUGGCGACGUUUUUGGUCGAACGCUUGACAUCCGAAACAGCAGCAGACGACAGUACCUUCGCAUUCUUCUUCUGCAACCAUGCAGAGCCUCAGCGAAGGACGGCUGUCUCGAUUUUGAAAGGACUGCUGCAUCAGAUCCUCACGAGACGCCCUCUACUGAUCGAACAUGCUCAUCGCGUCCUGGAGUUACAUGGAGACUCUGGACUCGACGAUAUGGAGACGCUCUGGUUUCUGUUUGUGCGAGUUGUGCAAGACCCCAGGGUUGGUCAGCUCACUUUGCUGCUGGACUCCUUGGAUAAUUGUGAGGUGGCAUUGCGCAAGAUCUUAGUCCGCAAGCUAGAAGAACUGCUUCGCUCAAGCCCUGCCGUGGAGAGACAUCAUUGGCGGCUUAUCAUUCUCACGCGGCCGCACGCAUGGGAUCUGGGCACAUGUCGAAGGAUCAUUUCGGGAUGGACUGAACUCGAGUGGAUGGCCGUGAUAAGCAUUACACCGGCUGUGAUCACUAAAGAUCUCGGAAAGCUGAUCGACGAAGAGGUCGAUAUGGUGGCGGGCACAAAGCUAUGGAGCGAAGACACGUGCAGAGACGUAAAGGCGCAACUGCAAUCCAACAAUGGCGGCACCUUUCUCUGGAUCUCGCUGGCAUUGAAGUGUGUUGCAAACGUCAAAGAAGAUUUCGUCGUCCGAAGACUGAAGAGAUACUCUUGUUCGCUCAGAGAUCUUUAUGUGCGAGUGCUACGCAGAAUUGAGACCGAGGAUAUCGAACUUGCAGAAUGUACUCUUCACUACGUUCUCGGUGCCUCUCGCCCAUUGACGCUCACGGAACUUGCCAUAGCUCUAGCCUACAGGCCCGGUCAUUUCAGACCUGGCCAGCAUCUGCCCAGCGACGCACUCAUCGAUGAACUACAAGCGUCGGCGCUGGGAUCUUGUGAGCUCCUCUUGAGAGUCCAUGGCAAAGGACAACAUGCUACCGUAGAGUUCAUCCAUCAGUCCGUGGCAGACUUCCUGGUUGAGCACAAUAUGCCACUCGGACUGCGCCGCUUCCGAACAAGCAUCUCCAAGGCAGCCGAACGAUUAUCGAUGGCUUGCGCAGCCUAUCUUUCUGCUGCUGAGAUGAGAAGUCUUUCGUGCGAUGUCAGAAGAAUCAUAAAACUUGCAAGAAAUCGCACCGUCUACAUACCUCAAAACCAUCGAGAAAGUAUCAUUGAUCGACCGAGUUCAGAAACAGGCGCGAGUGCCUUCUCGCCAGCAUCGAGCGAUGUCUGGAGCACCAAGAGCUAUUUACCACUGACAACCAAGCAAAUGGCGCUACUACAGUAUGCGACUUCAACAUGGGCAACGGCCGGCCCGUUGAAGCAGAUGUGCGCAUUGCCCAUCCAUGCCAUGGAACUCAUCAGACUUCACAGUAGGCAACAAGACCUCAUUUUCGAAGCUGCCAAAAUUGCAAUCUCCGAGGGCUAUGAUCUGAUCUUUCGACAUUUGAUCAAAAUCCUGCUCAGGACCUUGAGUCUUGAUGAUGGUCUUCACUUGUUUCAAGCCGCCAUUCAAUACGACGAAUGCGGUGUAGAGCCUGCCGUCGGUAGCAAAGAGCGCGUGUUCUGGACCCAGGAGCUACCUGAUGCCGAAGCAAUAUAUCGCGAACUCAAACGGAGAUGGAGCAGCCUCGUGCAUGGAGCAGCGAGCAUUGGGCUUGUCGAUGUCGUGAAGUAUUGCAUUCAGCACGAUGAAGAUGUUGUGCUCAGAGACGUGGAUGGCCUCACAGCAUUACACAUGGCCGCCAAGUCCGGCCAUCUGAAAGUGGUGAAGGUCCUAGCACAGUCAAAAGUCUCCAAGCCGGCAUUGUACGUUGCGGAUCGCCACGGCCAGCUUCCACUUCACCUUGCUGUCAGCGCGAUUGAUUACAAGGUGGUCAAAGCACUAGUCAAAGCAGAUGCGCGGAAGACGACAUUAUGCGUGCAAGAUCUGCAAGGCGAAACUCCCUUGCACCGAGCCGCAAGACUCGCACAGCCAGAAUUGGCCAGGGUCCUACUCGACGCAGACAUUGAGAAAACCACACUGGUCACAGAAGAUCUUGAAGGCAGAUUGCCAUUGCAUAACGCUGCUUUCGCGGGUUGCAUCGAAGUUACCAAGAUCUUGUUUGAAAUGGACGAGGGUUGUACAACUCUUAUUUCUCGGGAUCUUCACGCCAAAACGGCACUUGACCUUGCGAUAGAGCAAAGUGAGAGGAAGAAAGUGAAUGGGAUGAUUCACGGUCAUGGUAUUGUGGUGGAGUACCUACGCACUCAGAUUCGAAUUUUGUCGGGCGCCCAGGUCGGCGACGAGGAUGCAUCGAAGGGUCGGGCGAGGACCAUUGCUAUACGUUCGCCAAGCAUGUAA